CGACGUCAUUUUCUCCAGCAAGUUGGAGAUGUGGUACGAGGCACUCGCCAUGUUGAUGGUCCCGGUGGGGGCCGCGUCUCGCCGGCUCCACGUCGCCCAGUGCUGUGUGUGGCGGCGGCGAAGGGUGGGACGGGGCGGGCCCUUGUCUGGCGAGAGAGCGCGGCGGAGGACGAGGCGGCGGCGGCGGCGGCGACGGUUCCGCGCGGCGCUCUUCCCCGAGGCGGGGGUGGAACACGGCGAGGCGGGCGGGGGGCGGGGAAGAUUAGCGCGCGCGCCGCACGGAGGUCAGAACCAUCGCCUGGCACUCGCGCGCGGGAACAGGCAAAGGGAGGGCCGGGAGGAAGAGGGGGUGAGGAGGGAGGAGGAGGAGGAGGGAGGAAGAACGAGAGCGACCUCUCACUUCUCUCAGGCGAAUGGAGGAGGAGGAGGGCCCGACACCCGGCCGUCUGUUUGCCUCGCGCUCGAGGCCUAAGGUCAAAGUUCAAGGAGGCCCUCGCACGAAAGGCGGGGGGGGGACUGCGCGCUCCACGUCGCUACUUCGCAGGCCCCGAUUGGCUCCCCGAGGCAGCCGUGGGCGGGGCUGCUCCGCGUGACGCACGCACGCAGCGUCGGGCGAGUGCGCGCGCGGGGACGGUUAGUUGAGGAAGAGGGAAGGAAGGAAGCCUCGUUCGAAGGGUGAGAACCUCCUCCCCCUCCUCCCACAAUGCAAUGCUUUCUGGGCUUAGAAUAGGACUCGGCAGCGAGCAGACGAAGCAGCCUGUAAUAUUGGUAUGUGUAGGAUAGCCCUGCGCGCGGAGAGAUACACGCCAGGUUUCGGGGUUUCCCCCACACUCGUGGAGUCCAGAGGGGCGUUAGGAAGGUGCUCCUUGUCUACCCGCGAGCGCGUUCACCGCCACGCGGUUGGGUGAAAUAGUACAAAGGAUGCGUGUCGCUCAGCGCUCUCUCGGCUGGUCUCUCUCACACGUGCAAGUCCUUCUGCAACUUCUGGGGCCGCUUUCGAUGGCGGCAGCCGCUCUUCUUAAAGUAUGAAAAGUUGCACGUGACAAGAGCUGCAAUCCUCUGCCCGUUUAUCUCAGAAGGAGGCCAGUCCUUGAGCUCAGGGUAUGCUUCUCAGUAGAAAUGUGUGUAGGGUUGCAGGUUUCUUUUGUUCAGGCUUCGGUUGUCCAUUAAGUGUGCUGCAUUGUGGUUUACUGUGGUUCUCUUUACUAUCUUCUAUCUGCAAAUUGCUGUCGUCCCCUCCCCCAAGGUGUCCUAUAACAGGCUUCUGGAUUCUAAGCUUGCAGAAUCUUAACUGAUCCCACUAAGGUUACGGUCCUAAACACACUUAUGUAAGAAUAAACUUACUUGACGUUGCUAUAGCAUGCUUCUGAGUAAGCAUGCCUCCAUUUAGGAGUCUUGAGUAAUUGCAGUCCUAAGCACACCUACCUUUGUGAACUCGGAUCCAGUGAACCCUUGGUUCUUAGCUCUUGGAGUUGUAUUUUCACUACAUAUAUGGGUUUAAAAGUAUGGGUAAAAUGGGUGAAAAGGUGUGCUGGGCUAGAUAGGGCUUUGGUCUGAUCCAGGAGGCCUCUACUUAGGUCUUUUCAAAAGCAAUUUGCUAAUUUUGUUUUAAAUUUGAUUAGCACUAUCAUAGACAGCAGGGUUUCAAGUAGUUGCUCUCAUAACUUUAGUAAACAUUUCCUUACUGUACAGAUAGUCAUAAAGUUUGGAUGUGUAGUGGUGUAUAAAGAAUGAGGAUUUACCCUCCGUUUUGCUUUCCUUGUAGUCAUAAGUCCAAAGAUGUUCACUUAGAGCCUCUUUCCUGCAAGGAACUGUGCAGAAGUUGCUGGACUACAGUUCCCAUUAACCCCAACUUUCAAGUGCAAGGAGCAGGGGUAAUACCUGUUGUAGCCCAACAACAUCUGAAAAGCACCAUGUUGGCUACCCCUGGAGAAGUUCAGCUUGACUGGUGACAGCAUCUAAGGAUUCUUUAUGGGGGAUUUCCUGAAGAAAAGGACUUUGUAAAUAGGGAAAGUUCCUCCUCUGUUCCUUAGACCUCAAGAACACCAACCUAGCUUUGUGGCACAGUCAAGAGUGGUUGAAACAACAAUCACUACACCAUUGUUUUACAACCAUUUGCUUUCAGUGAAAGUGUUAAGCACACACAUAAUAUUGCAAUCUUUAGCACGUUUACUAGGAAGUAAGUCCUACUGAAAAUAGUGCAUUGUUUCCAAGUAGACUUACAUAGUAUUGCACUGCAUAUCUUUCAAGUGAAUUCAACAAGACCUAAAAAUGCUUUAAAUUGGACUGAAUAGUGCCCGUUAUAUAUCCCAGUGUGUGAAAGAGGGCCUUCUCAGUAAUGGUACUCGCCCUGUGGAACUCCCUCCCAUCAGAUGUCAAGGAAAUAAACAAUUGUCUCACUUUUAGAAGACAUCUGAAGGCAGCCUUGUUUAAGGAAGUUUUUAAUGUUUGAUGUUCUAUUGUACUUUUAAGUCUGUUGGGAGCCGCCCAGAGUGGCUGGGGAAACCCAGCCAGAUGGGCGGGGUAUAAAAAUAUUAUUAUUAGUAGUAUUAUUAUUAUUAUUAUUAUUAUCAUCAUUAUUAUUAUGUUAACUGGGGUCCAUUCUUGCUUAUACCUAAAUACUGGUUUCUGUAGGCUUAAAAGGCUUUCAUCUGCAUUAUGCAGCCUCCAGCACAAUUAAUUAUUGUGAAAACACUUGCCAGGGUUGCAUUGGUACAAGCAAUAUACUGAUGUCCUACUAUGAGGUUUCAUAAGGCACUCUCCUAAUAACCUGAAAUAAGAUGUAUGUGUAUUUGUCCUGGCAAAUAGCAAAAGGACAGGGAUGAAGAAACAGGGAUUGGAAUGGAGCCCAGGAAGAUGGUCUGAACAAAGUCACACCAGUGUGACUGGCUCACAAAAGAAAGUGGGUGAUGUACUCAUAAAGUUGGCUAAAACAUUUCUCCCUAGGUCUGCUCAGGAGCCGUGUGAAGGAACCGCUGUUGCAACACCGGAAGCUGGGCGAGAUGUCGGGAGUGUUGAGCACAACGCUGAGCAGCCUCAACAGCGACUCGUACUGCGAGUUCAGCAUGUAUCGGGACCAGCACUUCCAGGGAAGUCGUUACCUGCAAGAAAAGUCCCUGAAAAACUCCUGCACACUUUAUGUGGGCAACCUCUCUUUCUACACCACAGAGGAACAAAUUCAUGAGCUCUUCUCCAAGUGUGGGGAUGUCAAGCGCAUAGUCAUGGGGCUAGACAAAGUGAAGAAAACCCCCUGUGGCUUCUGCUUUGUGGAGUACUACACAAGAGCAGAAGCAGAGCAUUCUAUGCGGUUCAUCAAUGGAACCCGUCUGGACGACCGCAUCAUCCGAACAGACUGGGAUGCUGGGUUUAAGGAAGGGCGGCAGUAUGGCCGUGGGAAAACAGGUGGCCAGGUACGAGAUGAGUACCGAACAGACUACGAUGUGGGCAGAGGGGGCUUUGGCAAGAUUGUUCAGCAGCAGAAGACAAAUCAGCAGUCAGUGAUCUACUAAUGGCUUUUUGGAUUGGGUAAAGAUAAUAAAAAAUAAUUUAAGGGGGGGGAAGCUAUGUGAAAAUGCAGCAAUCACAUUGCUAUGUGCAAGGAGGCUAGGAAAAGAGAAAAAGAAAAGAAACCAUGCACACAAAGCAGAGAAUCUAGCACCAUAACUCGGGAAAGAAAGAGGAACAACAUCUUGCUAGUGACUUCAGUAGUUCUUAACUUUCUGUCAAUGCACAGCUUUACUUGCUGUGGGUAUUUCUCCUUCCCAUGAAGAUUAACUUUACAGGCAUCCUAUUCAUUUACUUUGAGUUAAAUACAGUAAGAUUUAUUCCCACCUGCUAAGUAAAUUCUUUCACAACUCUAGUUCUCUUAUUCCCUACAACUGCUGUGCAGAGCUGCUAGUGAAGUGGCUGAUUCCAUUCUGUUGAUGAACUCUAUCCUUGCCUCAGAUAUUCCUCUUUGAAUGUAUGAUACACUUUUCAGGGAAGAUAAAUCAACUUAUUUGCCUAGCAAAAAUUGCAUCUGGUCAUUAAAGAAAGGCCAUUGUCUAUAACAUAGAGGUUAAUUGAUUGCAACUGAACAACUAUGUUUCUGCUUUCCUAUACAUUUGGUUUCUGUUCCUGUAAGUUCCUGGGCGACAACUUUGUGGCCAUGGACAUGCAGAACUCUCUCAUAAUGUGUACUAGGGGAGUCUGUUGCCCCAUAAAGAUGGUGAGUCCCAGCAGCCCCAGACACUGUGCCUUCUGCUUUCUUUCUUUUUAGUGUGGAGGUUUUUGGUCUCUGCUCUCUAAUUCCCUGCUAUCUGUAUUAAUUUGCAUAGACCAGCUGUAUUGUAUGACCUUUAUUGAUUUGUACACCAUGGUUUCAGGAUGCAAGCAUAGCACAUACCAUAUUUUAAUACACUGUUCCAUCAGACUGCAGUAGAGGGGGAGAGAGAAAGCCACUCCACUGGCUUAGGUGAGAGACCAACUCAGUAUGGCUCUUUUCCUUAAACUGUCCAAUUUCAAUGUGUUUUUAAUAAGAACUUUGUAACUAAGCCUGUUUGUUUUUUCUCUCCCACUCCAUCUCUUUUCCUUUUGUGCUUGGUCUUUUAGCAUGUAAACCUUAGGGCAGGGACUGUGUGGGGGAAAUACGGUGAUGGGCAUUUUUAUACACCCCAAAACUGCUUGCUAUGUCAGCCCUACACGAGACUUACUGACUUAUUUUGGUAUAUUAUUUCAGUAAAUAUUAUUCAAGAUGGCAGCUGGU